GACUAAUAAAAUUUGUAAAGAUUCUGCAAGCAAUAAUAGCAACAGAUUUCUCUCCGUGUAUAUUUCAGAAUCAAAGUCAGAUGAAAAUUAUUAUUAAAAAAAGAGAGGGCGAAACUCGAUACACUCAGAAGGACAAUCAUAAGCAAUGAUUAAUUGAGGUUCAAGAGUUUCAAUCAGAUAAAUGUAGGUGGUUGCCGUAAGAAAAAGAAAAGAAAACUUCUAUUGUUUGAAAGAAGUUAAGUACCAGAAUCAUCUCUCUUCAGCGAAUCAAAUGUAGUUAAGUUUAAGGAAGUGGGGAGUUACUCUACUUCACGUAAGUUGCUCACAUUUUCUCAGUGCAAGAAAGAAUCAGAUUGAAUAGAUUAAUUUUAAAAUAAAUUUAUUAUCAAUUUUGAUACAAAUAUGGCGAAAGAAAGUGGAAGGCCAAACAUUGCCUCUAGGCUCAAAUUAAACAUGAGCGAGUCACCUUUCUUUUGUAAAAUUAUUGAGCUGAUAUUGUGUAUCGUCAGUUUGGGACUGAUAGUGGGACCGUUUAACAGUCGAUUAUAUAUGAACUUCAAGAACACUGGAUUAGUUUAUGUAGCAAUUUGCGGAUACGUCUUGAUAAAUUCAAUAAUUAUUUUUUGCUACUUAAUUGGCGAGAAGAUGCCAAAAAAAAUGUCUCUCAUAUUUACUGGAAUGGGAGCUAUUUUGUGUUUUGCUGCUGGUGUGAUUUUAAUCUACGACUGGGACAAUUUUGAAAAUAAUUUGAUUUCACAAUAUUUAAAUCAAUAUCUCGAUCAGACACUGGCCAGUGGAAUAUUUUCUCUUUUGGCUGCAUUUGUUUUUGCACUGGACUUGUACUUGAUAAAUAAAUACGAAUAAUUAAUAUAGUAAUUUAGUAAAAAAAAAUUUAUAUCUACAUUGCGCCAACAGUUGUAUGAAGAACAUUAAUACAAACUCAUAAAUAUUCCAAAAAAGUUCAUAAAUUUGGUAAAAUUUUUGAAAUGUUGCAUACUUAUUUGAUAAUUUUCAUCCUUACAUAGAAUUUCAAGCACAAUUUUCAACUUGCAUUUACAUUAAAGUAAAAUUUUCAUUUCCUCGAAUUAUUAUUUACUAAAAUUUCAAAUUUUAAGAUUUAUUUAAUAAAAAUACCAAAAACCGAAUAACAAUAAAAAUUGAUUUCAAAUGAAAAAAAAUUCAAAAUGAUACAUUUCGUAAACAACUGGAAUUUUAAAUAAAUUUUAAUGGAAUAUUUUAUGCAUCCCUAAAAAUAGUAUUUCAAUAUCAACAACAAAAUUUUUAAAAAUUUUGUUGUUAAUUUUGAAUUGAUUUUAAAAAUUAAAAAAGAAAAAAUAAUAUACAAUAAUUGAAAUUUAGACAAUAAUUUUUUUGCAGAAUUUAUAAUUCAGAAUAGCAUAAUUUUCUAUGUAAGUACACGGAAAGAAAAAGUCCGUCAAUCAUUAAUAGACUAGUAUAUUACUUUGAGACGGGACACAAAAUCAUUCAAUGGAUAACAUACUUUGAGUCACAAUCAGUGACGAGUUGCUUGCUAAA